CCGAGGCUGAACGAAUCGCAUCAACUAAUGGUUUGUUGCAUUGUUCGUUUGAAUUCGCCUCAACCCUGAACAGACUGACUUGUCAGCCACCAUUGGCUCCUAGCAUGUGCAGAUUGACUAGUUGUGGCCCAUUCAGAGGCCACAUCGUGGUAUCGCCUGUGACAUAAAACACGGUCAUGAUGCGGGCUGCUGUGUUCGUGCUUCUGAUCAGCACCACCUUCGCCAAAGAUUUGUAUGGCUCGUAUGACUACAUCAUCGUGGGAGGUGGAGCGGCAGGCGCGGUGUUGGCAAAUCGUCUCUCAGAGUCUGGCAAGCAUUCUGUCCUCCUCCUCAAUGUGGCUGGGGCACCACCAGAUGCCUACAAUGGGCCAGUGCUGUUAAGUGAUGAGUUCAUUGUCAAGAAGAACUUGACAGCAACCCAAGGGUUGCAACUUCAGAUCAUGCAACCGGGCUACUCCAUGAAAGCUUUCCCAGUGAGCAAGACAGGCUCGUCACCUGCGCGCUGGUUGGGGGGCAGCACAUUGCCAGGUCUGUCGCUUUACCUCAGGGAUCACCCAGAAAUUCUGGAUGAAUGGGGAGGAGGGUGGAGCUGGAAAGAGAUGCGUAGUUAUUUCCACAAGGUGGAAAACCUGGUGGAGGCAUGCAGCGCGUACUCAAACAAGAGUUGCGGCGAUUAUGGCACAUCGGGUGUCUACCACAUCGCCAAGGAGCCCGCCUACACCCAUCCGCUAACCAAUGACUUCAUUGCAGCUGCCCAAGCUGCUGGGUUCCCUAAGGGGGAUUUGAACACCCUUCAUGGCAAGGCCGUUGGUCUCCCAGCAACCACUCAGUACGAGGAUGGGACCAAGGUGCAUGCCUACAAUGCCUAUUUGUAUCCAGCACUUGGACGCCGGAACUUGAAGGUUCUGGAUGGGGCUCGUGCAGACAGGCUCAUCAUGCACGGCCGCCAUUGCAAAGGGGUUGUGUCGGGUUCCAAAGGUGGUAUUGACUUGAGAUGGCAAAGGCUGCUUGCGUGUACAAUCACGUCCGCACUUCCUCAUAAAGUAUAUCGAGAAUUGGCCACCAAGACCGACCAUGUGCUUCAUGCAAAUCGAGAGGUGAUCUUGUCUGCCGGAUAUGUUUACACGCCUCGUCUCCUGUUCCUCUCGGGCAUAGGGCCAAAAAGGGAAUUGGAUGCAGUCGGCUUGCCAGUGCUGCAUGACCUCCCAGCCAUGGGCAAGCAUGUCACGUCUGCGCGAUACAGCCCUCUGUCGUGGAAGACAGACAAGCCAAGUCUGACGGGCAUGUUUGGCCCACCCAUCUCUUCGAUUGCUAGUGAGUUGCCUGAUGCCUACCAAAGCACCGCUCAGGAAGCUUUUGCCCGCUAUCGUUCUACCUUCAGCUCUAUGAAGCGGCCUCUGGAGAACCGAUCCGAUGUGGUUUUCAGUUUUUUGCCAAUGUACCAGGCAUUGGAAUCUGCACCCUUACAGUUUUCGCUGCAGGGCGAGCCAUGGCCCUUGCAGACCAACGGCUACACCAUCCUGGUGACCUUGGGCGAGACCGAAGCAGAUGGUGAGAUCACCUUCCCAACUGCUUCGCCGGAUGUGAGCCCCGUACUCACCCAUCGGCCUCUCACAGAUCAGGAUUGGAAAUUGGCAAAAGAGGCUGUUGCCUAUGCCAUGACGGUGUGGAACAAGUCAGCUUUGGGAGGAACCUUCAUCGACAAUGGCGCUGGCCGCCGCGAUGCGUUCUCUGCCGUUUAUGACGGUCGUGGCUCCUGCCGCAUGGGGCGCCACCAGAACGACUCUGUGGUGGACUUCAAUCUCCGUAUACACGGCGUUCAGGGUCUUCGCAUUGUGGAUGGCUCUGUGAUCCCCCAACCUUCGCCCUACUUUGCACUGCCGGAGGUCCUCGCGCUGGCAGAGCGCGCAGCUGACCUUAUCCUCAAGACAGAGCAGCAUGAGGUGGAGAAUCAGAAUCACGGGGUUGAGAAGGAUCGGAAGAAGCCGGCUUUGGAGACAAUUUCCAUUGAACGGCUCAAGCGGGAAUGUGGCAAGUCAGCAUCUCUCUAUGAAAUGCUGGCCUGGCUUGAGGCCCAUUAUUCAACAACAAAAUUCGUAAAAUAGUUCAUGUAGGUGAGCAGCGAGCAGCGCACAGCAGCCCUUUGUACAGACACAUAUUUUGUUCGGCGCUUAGCGCACAUGUGCUCCGCCAGUUAAGUUCGGGCAGUGUGGCCGGCUGCCAAAAAAAA